GUUGUGCGCGCUAGAUAUUUGGAGUUUGGACGCAGAAAUUUUCUUAAAUUAUUGUGGGGAAUGAAAUUGAAAGGGAAAAAAAAAUCAAAAUUAUCUUGAGCGGUAACUCCAAGUCUAACACAGAGCAGAGCACGGAAAGGAAAAACCUCGGUAGAGUUGAGGGUUUAGCGGCAGCAUAGAGAAUAGAGAUAGAGCGAAUUGAAACUCUCUAAUGGCACUCUACACCCAUCUCAUCUCUUUCUCUUCUUCUUCUUUUCUUCAUUCACCUUCGCCUCUAUGUCUUCCAAAGCCUCUCUUCCCUUCUUUUACUUUGACAGUGGGCAAUUCAACCUCCCACACCACCAGUCUCGCCGUUCGCUCCUCUUAUUCCGAAAUGGGCUCUUCCCCUGAGCCCAUCAAUUUCAGGAAGCCAGGGAUUCCGUCCAUGUCUCACUUGAGACUCUCAAUGAACGAAAGUAGCAAGCCAUCAUUUAAAUGGCGAAGGGUUUUGCUCAAAGUCAGCGGAGAAGCACUUGCUGGAGACCACUCUCAGAACAUUGACCCUAAGAUAACCAUGGCCAUUGCAAGGGAGGUGGCAGCAGUGACUCGCCUUGGCAUUGAGGUUGCACUGGUAGUUGGUGGGGGUAACAUCUUCCGUGGAUCCUCCUGGGCUGGAAGUAGUGGACUAGACCGCUCAUCUGCGGAUUAUAUUGGGAUGUUGGCCACUGUUAUGAAUGCUAUAUUUCUUCAAGCAACAAUGGAAAGUAUUGGCAUUCCUACUCGGGUGCAGACUGCAUUUCGUAUGUCUGAGGUUGCAGAACCAUAUAUUCGCAGAAGGGCUGUGAGGCAUUUGGAAAAAGGAAGGGUUGUCAUUUUUGCUGCUGGAACUGGUAAUCCAUUCUUUACCACAGACACUGCUGCAGCACUCCGAUGUGCAGAAAUUAAUGCCGAGGUUGUACUCAAAGCAACAAACGUUGAUGGAGUUUUUGAUGAAGACCCAAAGCGUAAUCCACAAGCACGUCUUCACGAGACACUAACCUAUCAGGAGGUAACUUCCAAAGAUCUGUCAGUGAUGGACAUGACUGCCAUAACUUUAUGCCAAGAAAAUAAUAUUCCAGUUGUUGUCUUCAAUCUUAACAAACCUGGUAACAUUGAGAAAGCUAUUAAAGGAGAAAGAGUUGGCACUUUGAUUGGAGCAACCUGGAAUUCUACCGUAUCAAGAACAUGAAAAUAUUUGUAGUCUUGCCAAUUGAUUAUUUAUUGUGUUUUUCUUUUCCUAUACAAUCUUCCAGCCGAGGAUGCCAAAUAUGUGAGGUGCAUUACUUGCGAUUGGUGGUUUUGAUGGACUUCAAGGGUGCUGUUGAGUCAUAAAUUUGUAAAUAUAACAAGUUAAAUUAUCGUUUGAUGUUUCCCUCCACCUGGUUUGGCCUUAUUUUACUUUGCCAUUUUGUGGUUUAUGCAAAUUAUAUUUUGACUUCUGGACUGUGCUCCGUUUGCAUAAAUUCAUGUCUUCCUUUUUUUGACCCCCC